GUAAAAAAGAGUUGGCGCUUCCUCUCCAGAAUUCGCUCACUGUGGUAGCUCUCAUCUUGAUUCUCAGAGAUGGCGAAAGUGGGUAGGAUCAAGCUCGGGUCACAAGGCUUGGAAGUCUCCGCCCAGGGUCUGGGGUGCAUGGGCAUGUCCGCUUUCUACGGGGCUCCGAAACCCGAACCCGACAUGAUCGCCCUCAUCCACCACGCCGUCCAAACCGGUGUCACAUUUCUCGACACUUCCGACAUGUACGGCCCACACACCAACGAAAUCCUUCUUGGAAAGGCAUUGAAAGGAGGUGUGAGAGAGAAGGUUGAACUGGCCACCAAAUUUGGAAUCAUCUUUGCGGACGGGAAGAAAGAGAUCCGUGGCGAUCCUGCAUAUGUGAGAGCGGCUUGUGAGGCGAGCUUGAAGAGACUGGACGUCGAUUGUAUUGAUCUCUACUAUCAGCACCGUGUUGAUACUCGUGUGCCUAUUGAAGUCACGGUUGGGGAACUUAAAAAACUUGUUGAGGAAGGAAAAAUAAAAUACAUUGGAUUGUCAGAGGCCUCAGCUUCGACAAUUAGAAGAGCACAUGCUGUUCAUCCUAUAACAGCCGUGCAAUUGGAGUGGUCCUUAUGGUCAAGGGAUGUGGAGGAAGAAAUUGUUCCAGCCUGCAGGGAACUUGGCAUUGGAAUUGUUGCCUAUAGUCCUCUUGGACGAGGAUUCUUCUCAUCAGGAACAAAGUUAAUUGAGAACCUGACGCAGGAUGAUUUUCGGAAGCAUCUGCCUAGAUUCCAGCCUGAAAACUUGGAGCACAAUAAAACUAUAUUUGAGAGAGUUAAUGAAAUGGCUACUAAAAAGGGAUGCACUCCAUCCCAGCUAGCAUUGGCCUGGGUUCACCAUCAGGGAAAUGAUGUGUGCCCCAUUCCUGGAACCACCAAAAUGGAGAACUUCAAUCAAAAUAUUGGGGCUUUGUCAAUCAAGCUGACACUAGAAGAAAUGGCGCAGCUGGAGUCUUUUGCUGCUGCUGAUGCUGUCAAAGGUGAUAGAUAUGGGACUGGAAUAGCUACGUGGCAGGACUCUGAGACCCCCCCACUUUCUUCUUGGAAAGCUGCAUAAGGCAGUGCAUAUGCUAUGCCUCGUUAAUUACUGGAUGAUGCAACCUUGAACAAACUGGUCUGUCUGAGGUGCACAUGCCUUGCCUUGGAAAGGAGCUCGUUGUAUUGAUCCUCUUAGGUUGUACGGUUUUGUUUCGUUUGAAAGCUUUUUGAAUGAUAUGACAGGUAACUAUGUGUGAAAGCUGUUUGAGUGAUAUGACAGGUAACUGUGUAUGUAUGUCUAAAUAAGCGGAGUCAUCAGACAUUGUGGAAACAGUCACUUGACUCUUAUUGUAGAUGUUGGAAGCAUCGUCUUGGCAAAUUAGCUUGGUUAUGUUUU